AAGUCCCUUUUGGUUCCAGCUGCCACAGCCACCGCGCUCCCUCAGGCCGGGCGGGGGACACCCCAGGUCUGCGUGGCCCCCGCGCCACCACGCCCAGUGGCCGCCCGAUCCCUGCGAGCAGGGGGAGGAGCCGCCGCCAGUGGAGGCGGAGGAGCAGAGGAGGCGGAGACGGCGGAGACGGCGGAGAAGGCGGAGAGGAAGGUGGAGGCGGAGGCGAAGGUGGAGGGGAAGGUGGAGGCGGCGGGGAAGGUGGAGGCGGCGGGGAAGGUGGACGCCACCGAGAAGGUGGAGACGGCAGGGAAGGUGGACGCUGCCGGGAAGGUGGAGACGGCGGAGGGUCCGGGCCGCCGGGUAGAGCUCAAGCUGGAGCCCGAACCCGAACCCGAGCCGGCACGGGAGGCGGAGCAGGGGCCGAAGGGGGAACCGAAGCAGGAGCCAGAGGAUGAGAACCCGGCGCGGAGCGGCGGUGGCGGCGGCAGCGACGAGGUUCCUCUCCCCACCCUUCCCUCCGACCCCCCGCGGCCCCCCGAUCCCUCCCCGCGGCGCAGCCGUGCCCCCCGCCGCCGACCCCGGCCGCGGCCGCAGACCCGGCUCCGUACCCCGCCGCAGCCUAGGCCACGGCCCCCGCCCCGGCCCCGGCCCCGGCGCGGCCCUGGGGGCGGAUGCCUGGAUGUGGAUUUCGCUGUGGGUCCACCAGGCUGUUCCCACGUGAACAGCUUUAAGGUGGGAGAGAACUGGAGGCAGGAACUGCGGGUGAUCUACCAGUGCUUCGUCUGGUGUGGAACCCCAGAGACCAGGAAAAGCAAGGCAAAGUCGUGCAUCUGCCAUGUGUGCGGCACCCAUUUGAACAGACUCCACUCUUGCCUUUCCUGUGUCUUCUUUGGCUGCUUCACAGAGAAACACAUUCAUGAGCACGCCGAGACAAAACAACACAACUUAGCUGUAGACCUUUAUUACGGAGGUAUAUACUGCUUUAUGUGUAAGGAUUAUGUAUAUGACAAAGACAUUGAGCAAAUUGCCAAAGAAGAGCAAGGGGAAGCUUUGAAAUUACAAGCUUCCACCUCAACCGAGGUUUCUCACCAGCAGUGUUCAAUGCCAGGCCUCAGUGAGAAAUAUCCAACCUGGGAGACAACCAAACCCGAGUUAGAACUGCUGGGCCACAACCCAAGGAGAAGAAGAAUUACCUCCAGCUUUACCAUCGGUUUAAGAGGACUAAUCAAUCUUGGCAACACGUGCUUUAUGAACUGCAUUGUCCAGGCCCUUACCCACACUCCGAUCCUGAGAGAUUUCUUCCUCUCCGACAGGCACAGAUGUGAAAUGCCAAGUCCCGAGUUGUGUCUGGUCUGUGAGAUGUCUUCGCUUUUUCGGGAGUUGUAUUCUGGAAAUCCAUCUCCUCACGUUCCCUAUAAAUUACUGCACCUGGUGUGGAUACACGCACGGCAUUUAGCAGGGUACAGGCAACAGGAUGCCCAUGAGUUCCUCAUCGCAGCAUUAGAUGUCCUGCACAGGCACUGCAAAGGUGAUGAUGCCGGGAAGGCAGCCAACAAUCCCAACCACUGUAACUGCAUCAUUGACCAAAUCUUCACAGGUGGCCUGCAAUCUGAUGUUACCUGUCAAGCCUGCCAUGGUGUCUCCACCACGAUAGACCCAUGCUGGGACAUCAGUUUGGACUUGCCUGGCUCUUGCACCUCCUUCUGGCCUAUGAGCCCAGGGAGGGAGGGCAGUGUGAAUGGGGAAAGCCACAUACCAGGAAUCACCACCCUCACGGACUGCCUGCGAAGGUUUACGAGGCCAGAGCACUUAGGAAGCAGUGCCAAAAUCAAGUGCGGUAGUUGCCAAAGCUACCAGGAAUCUACCAAACAGCUCACAAUGAAUAAAUUACCUGUCGUUGCCUGUUUUCAUUUCAAACGGUUUGAACACUCAGCCAAACAGAGGCGCAAGAUCACUACAUACAUAUCCUUUCCUCUGGAGCUGGAUAUGACACCAUUCAUGGCCUCGAGUAAAGAGAGCAGGAUGAAUGGACAGUUGCAGCUGCCAACCAAUAGUGGAAACGACGAGAAUAAGUAUUCCUUGUUUGCUGUGGUUAAUCACCAAGGAACCUUGGAGAGUGGCCACUACACCAGCUUCAUCCGGCACCACAAGGACCAGUGGUUCAAGUGUGAUGAUGCCGUCAUCACCAAGGCCAGUAUUAAGGACGUUCUGGACAGUGAAGGGUAUUUACUGUUCUAUCACAAACAGGUCCUGGAACAUGAGUCAGAAAAAGUGAAAGAAGUGAAUACACAAGCCUACUGAAGUGACACACAGACCUACCUACCUGUAAUGGAAGAUGACAGCACCCAUACUACAACUGGCAUUGAGAUUUAAAGGACCUACUUGCAUGGCCCACGGGCCUGACAGAGUAAGAAUUGAACAGUUCCCAGUGUCUAAAAGGUCCUGAUUGGAAGAGAAAUAGAAGGGGCGGGAGAAGAGGCUCUAGUCUAAGCAGUCAUUUAAAGGAAGAUUAAAUGGCAGGAUGCUCUGGGUGGGGAAGGCAGGAGCAGGGAAAUCCUGACACUGGUACAUAUCCUAUAUUCCUCCAAAAGAUUGUGUGGGAAAGUGUGGGGUGGGAGGGGGGUGGUGUGGGGGGGGGGUGUGUGCCCUUGUAACCAUAAAACAUCUUUCUCCAUGGGUGUUUCAGCUUCAACUGACCAAUCACAUAACAGUUAUAUGUCUGGGGGGGAAAAGGAAAAGUUCAUACAAAUGUAGCCCAUUACAUAUAUGGGUAUGAAAGCGGAAAAGUGGAGGAGGCAGGGAUAUCUCAUUGACAAACACCUUUGCCAGUUUCUUUGUAUUCGUGAUUUUUUGUGCUAUUAAAUGCAGUAUUAAACAAAGAAAAGCCCACAUGGGCCUGUGAAACAAGAAAGAAGGGGGCUUUUGUAUAAGGGGAGCAAUUGCUCCAAAGGUAGAGAAGACAAGAGACACUGUAAGAUAAGCAACCAACACAGACAGGCCUCAGCUAAGAGUAUAGUGUGUGAGUGUUUUUUUUUUUUAAAGCUGUAUGAUAUACUUGAGCAAAUCAAUGAACCUCUUUGCGAUUGUUUUCUCAUCUGUACAAUGCAGAUAAUUCCUACCUUAAAGGGUUACUGUUAAAGAUUAAAGGAUAUAAAAUGUGUCAAAGUAUAAAGUAAAAAGGCUUGGAACUUUG